GUUCGCUGAACUCCUCGCUCUCUCCGCUCCGGACCGUUUCCUCUUUCUUUCUCCCUCCUUCUGAUAGGAACACACACUAGCAUGACUCGUCCUUGCUGCGCCUGUGUGUGUGUGAGUGUGUGCGUGCCUUUGAGUCAUCGUUAUCGCCCCACAUUUCUCCACAUGGCUAUCGCUUGAGAAAUCAACGGUCAACAAAGAGAUAUUACGUUUCUGUUUAAAGAAAAUGAAUUAUUUAUUAAGGCGCAACACAGUAUCAACAAAAGCAAACAGUGAAGAGCAACAAAUUGUCAAUCGGAAAGUUGGCUUCCCCUUUCUCACCAAUAACAUCGAUAUCCUCUUCCGGCUUGGCUCCAAUUGGAUUUGUUGUUUCUAACUUGAAAUGUUUACAUAGGGAAUUCGUUUGCUUUUCAAUUGUUAAUAAGAUGGCCGCCCCAGCACCAGCACUCAAGGAUCUGCCCAAGGUGGCCGAGAACCUGAAAAGCCAGUUGGAGGGAUUCAACCAGGACAAACUGAAGAACGCUAGCACCCAGGAGAAGAUCAUUCUUCCCACCGCCGAAGAUGUGGCUGCCGAGAAGACCCAACAGUCGAUCUUCGAGGGCAUCACCGCUUUCAAUCAGAACAACUUGAAGCACACGGAGACCAACGAGAAGAACCCGUUGCCCGAUAAGGAAGCCAUCGAGCAGGAGAAGGAGAAGAAUCAGUUCAUCGCCGGCAUCGAGAACUUUGAUGCGAAAAAGUUGAAGCACACCGAGACCAAUGAGAAGAACGUGCUGCCCACCAAGGAGGUGAUCGAGGCCGAGAAGCAGGCUUAAAAUGGGGGCUCCAAUGUGGUCCACUCCGAUCCGAGAUCCGAGAUCUGAGAUCCGAUCCGAUCCGAUCCUCAGUCACCCCAUCUCUCUUUUUCGACUCGCCGCAUCUCACUCUUUAUACGUAUAAAGCUAUUCCCUCUCAUUUUUCAACUGCUACCAAGUUAUUCGAACCGCUGCGCAUGCGCGUGAUAGCAAAAGUAUUUUACUAUUAUCGUAUUUCGGUUGUCCGUUUUUUUUUUUUUUGCAAUAUUUUUACACAUAUAUAUAUAUAUUUUUUGUAUUAACAAGCAAGAGAGCCAGUCUCAUUCCUACAGCGUAAUUAACAUAAAAUAAACAUUCGUCUAUCCCAUAUAUAUUUGUGCAUAAAUGUUUCCAAAACACACGACAAACACACACAUCAUCAUCGGAGGAAGAAUAAAACGCAGAUACAAAGCAAUACGACAGCCAACUCACUCAGAACAUUUACACAAGAAAAGACAGCAAAUAUAUGAGAAAUACUUUUUAAAAGACACGCAAAACGUAUGAAGCGUAUAAAACAGAAAAACAAAAAGAAAUACGGUAGAAAAGCAUCUAUAUAAAGAGUAUGUGUAAUUUUUUAAUGAACUUUUUUUUAUAUACUUUACAUACGAUAUAUUUAUACUGGGAAAAAUAAAAAAAAAACAUAAAUGUAACAUUUUAUAACAAAAACGUACU